AUGAUUGCAGCAGGUUUUCUUCAAAGUCGAUUAAUGACUGGUUUUGCAAGUAAAGAUGAAAAAGCUUUAGAAAAUGCUGGAAAAAUCGCUGUAGAAACAAUUCAAAAUAUUCGAAUAGUUGUACAAUUAACUAAAGAAGAUUAUUUUUAUGAAGAAUAUUCGAAAGUGCUAGAAAUUCCUUAUCGAUCAUCAAUAAAACGAGCACAUGCUUUUGGACUUUUUUAUGCUAUAACAGCUUCUGUUUCAUUCUUUGCUAUGGCUGCAUUAUUAAUAGUUGGUGCUUAUCUUAUUGAUAAAAAUAAAAUUUCAUUUGAAGAUGUUUUAAUAGUUAUGUAUAGAGUCAUGUUCAGUGCACAAAAUCUUAGUCUAACAGUUUCUUUAACACCGGAUUAUAAUAAAGCAAUAGAUGCUGGAGAAAAAAUUUUAGAUUUAUUAGAUCGAAAAUCUUUAAUUGAUAAUACAUCAAAUAAUGGUGAACAAAUUGAAAAUUUUAGUGGAGAAUUAGAAUUUAAUGGAAUUGAUUUUAUAUAUCCAACUAGACCUGAAUUAAGAGUUUUAAAAGGUUUUAAUUUAAAAAUCAAAUCUGGACAAAAAAUUGCUUUAGUUGUUGGUAUUGUUUUUCAAGAACCAAUUUUAUUUGAUAUGUCUAUUAGAGAAAAUAUUUCUUAUGGUGAUAAUAAUCGUGAUAAUAUUCCAAUUGACGAGAUUAUUCAAGCAGCUAAAAAUGCAAAUAUUCAUCAAUUUAUUGAACAACUUCUACAAGGUUAUGAAACAAAUUGUGGUGCAAAAGGAACUCAAUUAUCAGGUGGAGAAAAACAAAGAAUAACAAUUGCUCGUGCAUUACUUAGAAAUCCUAAGAUUCUUUUACUUGAUGAAGCAACAAGUGCUUUAGAUAGUGAAAAUGAAAAAAUCGUUCAAGAUGCAUUAGAUAAAGCUCAAAUAAAUCGAACAUCAAUAACAAUUGCUCAUCGUUUAUCAACAAUUCAAAAUUCAGAUAUUAUUUGUGUUUUACAUAAUGGAAGAAUUGUUGAAUAUGGAAAUCAUCAAGAAUUAAUUGAACUUAAAGGUCGUGACUAUCGAUUAGCAUUACAAAAACUUAAAUAG